CUUGUCAACCCCAGCGACUUUUCUGGUACUUUCUUUCCUUUCCUUUUCGCCCACUUGUGCGUACCAUCCUGCCAGUUCUUUGCGCACACCAUUGUCCUCCUUCAUGAUUGUCCUUACGCACCAGCCUGCGUCAUGUCUACCGUGUACAAAGGCACUCCGCUCCACAUAGAUGACAGCACGAACAUCCGACUCCUUAAAAUCCUCCCGACGGAUGACGAGACGACCCCAAUAACCUGCACGAUCCGCGUCGUCGCUCUCGAGGGCUCGCCUAAAUACACUGCACUUUCUUACGAAUGGGGGCCGCCACAACCUACCAAAAAAAUCUUGUUGAACGGUGAACCCUUUAUCAUACGCGAAAAUCUAUGGAAUUUCUUGAAUCAAGCACGAAGAUACCGGAAGUCUUGGGAAUUCUGGAUAGACGCUAUCUGCAUUGACCAGAUUAGCGACGCGGAGCGUACUCAUCAAGUCUCUAUGAUGGGUAAAAUAUACUCGAUAGCUGAGCUUGCUGUGGCUUGGCUCGGAACUGCAAUCUUGGACACACCCGAGUGGCUGAGCUUAUUAGAAGAAAUACCGGACAUUCAUCUCUACAGAGCCUGUUCGGACUCUGUAGACUGGUGCAGAAGGUACAGAGAUUGCAUUAGUUAUUUGUGCUCGUUAUCCUACUGGAGCCGGAUAUGGAUUGUGCAAGAAUAUGUCUUGAGUCAAAAGGUCAUCAUAUGGAUCGGUCGACACCAUACUACCGGAGAGAAUAUGGAGCGGCUUCGCGCCAUGUGCAAAAUGGUUCCGGGUCAAUAUAGCGCCUUGAUCGGGGUGGAGACCCCAGCAAUGCAGAUUCUACAGCAUCGACGCAAUAGAACGGACGUUCGGGCUCGUGGAAGAAGCUAUUCGCUUAUUCUUGAGAACGUAGUAUUGGAGUUCGCGGGCUCAAAGUGUGUGGAUCCACGGGAUCACGUGUACGCGUUGUUAUCGCUAUGCGAUCCGCUAGAGGUUACGGAAGCAUCGAUUACCCCUGAUUACUCGAAGUCAACACUAGAAAUAUACAUCCAGCUCCUUCGAAGGGCAGAGAAAAGUCUAGUCGAAAGCGGCAGAAGCAUAUAUGAAGAUGAGGUAUCUGAAACCAAGACGUACAUGGGAAAACUCCGCUCUUUGCUGGGGGUUGAGUUGGAGGAAUUUCAGAAUAUGGAUCCCGAGAUCACAAAACUACUUACAAAGAAUUCGUACAUCUUCAGUAACUACCCAGACUAGCUUCGCAUGCCGACAGUUGUCAGCUGGUGAGCAGAAAAGAGUAGCUAUAGGCUUACUCAGUCAGAGCACUAAAGUUCAU